GGGCACCAAAAUCAGAAAACUAUUAUUUAGGAAUUAUUGACGUAUUAACUUAUUAUGGUACGAAAAAACGAACUGCGCAUGCGGCGAAGACAGUCAAACACGGGGUAAGAUGUUCUAUUGAAUAUGAUGAAACUCCGACAAAUAUUUUUAAUUGAAAAAUGAAUAUUUUUCGGAGUAUCUAUUUUGUAUUGUACAAUGCUGAAAAUUAUCCCGCAGCAGCGAUAAAUACCUUCUUGCAGGAAAUUUCAGUGUCAUUUUUACACAUAUUGGAUAUACAACUUGCUUGAUAUAGAACUAAAUUCCGUCGAAAUCGAAGUUUGCCCACCAUGGCUAUGCAGGAAUUUGUACAUUUCGUUAAUUUUUGGAUUUUGUUGCCGGGAAAAACAUUUUUCUGCAGUUACCGCAAAUACCAUAGGAGCCAAAAUGGUGAAUGAAGUUAAGAUAUGUCAAGCUAAGAAAAUUGUAAAUGCUAAAAUUAAACAUUUAAAAUUAAGAACAAAAUAAAAUUAAUCUAAAUAAUUUAAACAUUAAAUAUAAAACGUAACUCUUCUAAGCGUAGGGCAUUCUCGUCCCCAGAGCCAUUUUCACUCAGUCACUCGUUGAAAAUUAGGCUCUGGGAUAGACGACUAAAGGAAGAGAUCUGAUUGGCUUCUCAGAGAACUGCUAUUUCGCAGAAGUUGAGCAGUUUUCGCUGGGCAAAAUUAUUCUAUCAACAUAUGUCAACACAAAUACUUCGUUUCUUCUUAAUACUUCACUGUGAAAAUUCUUACGGGUGCUAAAGUGUCCCAAUUCAAGAGCAUGCGCUUUGGAAACUACUGCAAGUUUUCUUGCACUUCCGGUUCCGUGUGUCCCAGGGCCUAGGGAGGACGCACGCGGCCGAGAGGCCCUGGGGACGAGCGUAGGGAUAUUAAGAUAACAACACGUAGUUGCAUGGACACAUAUAAGACUAGUCUCCAUUUGGUAGUAAUUGUCGUGAAUCGUGACCAAGUAAUGUCCGGAGAUAUAUGUCUUUGUACACGGCAAAAAAACGCUCAGGUUGAUGCAAUACUGAUGAAAACAGGAUUGAACAAUGUUUUGCUGCCCACAUUGUUCAUAGCUGUCAACAACAUUGAACAAUAUUGUUACACCCGAUUCAUGCUCAACAGCAUUGUUCAAUAUUGUUGACAAGUGUGAACAACGUGGGCAACAAAACAUUGUUCAGUCCUGUUGAGCAACGGUCUCGGCGUUUUUUGCCGUGUAAUCAUCACACACAACACACGAAAGGCUGUAAGUACUUCAUGUGAAGGCCCACAAACCGUUUGAACAAGUAUAUCAGCGGUUAUAAGGUUAGCCUGCGAAAACAGCCGCCCGAUUGUCUCGUCCCAGUAAGUAGAAGUACCAGCAAUUCCACUAAUCCUAGUUUUAACAUCGUCUGACUGUACACCCUUUUCGAUAAUUACGUAAUGAUUUGAUUCGUAAAGGCCCGUUUACACUUGCAAAUUUUGCUGCGAUUUUCGUCUUCUGAUGGAUGUGAAUGAGUGAAUGAGUUAUGAAUGUUCAGAUGAGGGUACAUAUGCUCAGAACACUCAUAACUCAUGGCCAUGCAUGCGGGGCUUUCCACUUUUUUUGUCAAUUCUCAUGACCAAGAAAGACCGCACCAAAUAGUAAAUUCACUAGGAAAUAAACUCCAGUGAAAUAAACUCCAUUGCAACAAACGCGGGCCAACUGUAACUAUUUUCAAAUUAGUUUGAACACAUCGGCAUAUUUUCAAGUCAUCAUGUAGCUCAACCUCGUUCCCAGGCUCUUAACACUUAUGGAGGAAAGAUCCUGGUAGGAGCUGGUCAUGUGAUCUGAUAAAAUCUAGGAACGAAGUUGCAUGCAGUUUUUCCAACUUAUUGCAAAUUAUUGUGUUUCUUCUUCAGGUAUAUUCUUCGAUGGAUGUUUUAAUGUCGCGAGGUCAAUCACAAAACACGGUCCUUAUUAAAAUUUUUAAAUUAUCAAUAAAUUUUAAAGUCUUAAGUAUAGUAACUAAUUACUUUAAAUUUUAAGUUGUUAAAAUAUUAAAUAAAUGAAAGAAGCAACGUUUAAAAAAUGAAACGAAUGCUAAUGCACAUGAACAUGCUGUAAAUUGAUAAAUAACUAAACUCAACCCUAACUAAACUUAACCCUAAACUUAACCCUAAAAUAAAACUAAAUUGCGAAAUACAGUGAUAAAAUAGAGUUGAUUCAAUUUAUAAAUCGAUGCAAUAUAGCACGUAAAACAAGUAAACCCAAUAAUAUAGCAUUACUAUUAACUGGCCCGCACGACAUAAAAUGAAAAUAUGUAAAUUUGCCCGCAAAAUGCGGGCCCUCCGCCUGCUUUUCAACAUCUGAGCUAAAUUUACAUAUGUACAUUUCUCUCCAAUAAGACCCGGGGUGGGCUCCUGUGAUUACAUCACUUCACAAAUCGAAUCGAUUAUUUUGAUGGCUUCAUCCAAUCACAUGGCUUAGUAUAUUCGCCUCGUUCGCGGGCAACACUGUGGAAACGGCGCAAUUAUGCAAUACUUGGUGUCAUUACAGUUAACUAGCGUCAACAAUUACUCUCAUUGUUUUCUAAUCAUUUUUGUACUAAUCCUGUCCAUGUUCUCUUUCAGCAUGGACAAGAUAUAUCGACUGUGAAGCCUGAGGCGUAUGCCAAGAGAUUUUUAGAAUUUAUAGAAAAAGCCAUCGAGUGA